UGCAUUAUCUUCGGCUCUGACCAGGAAGUAGCUGAAAUGAUGAGAGCAGUCCGACGCAAUAAUGCAACUGGUGCAUUUUACUGGAUAGGGAGCGAUGGCUGGAGCGCCCGCGGGCUCGUUAGCAAUAAAAAUGAACCCGAAGUUGAAGGUACUUUGUCAGUACAGCCACAAGCUAAUCCCGUUGUGGGGUUUGAAGAGUAUUUUCUGAAUCUCACUGUUGAAAAUAACAGACGCAAUCCGUGGUUUAUUGAAUUUUGGGAAGAUCACUUUCAAUGUCGCUAUCCGAACUCUUCGCGUACGCCCUACAAUAAAAAAUACAAAACAGCUUGUACGACCAAAGAAAGACUCACUAAAGACAACACAGCUUUUGAAGAUCAACUGCAGGACAUGCAUAAGGAUCUUUGUCAAGGAGAAUCGGGCCUUUGUGAAGCUAUGAAGCCAACAAAAGGGACUGAGCUGCUGAAAUAUUUACGCAAAGUUAAAUUUCAAGGUCUCAGUGGAGAUCAAUUUCACUUUGAUAAAAACGGCGAUGGACCUGCUAGAUAUAAUAUUAUACAUUUCAAACAAGUUUCACCCGGCGAGUACAAGUGGGUUCGAGUUGGAAAAUAUUUGGAAGGCGAACUACGGUUGAAUAUGUCCGGCCAGGCAAAAAAGUACGUCGAAGGAGAAAGCUGCUGCUGGCAUUGUUUUGAUUGUACCCAGUAUCAAAUCCGGCACGCAACCGAUCACACUCGCUGCGUUGAAUGUCCUCAAGGAACAGUUCCCGAUGAGAAGCACUCGUCUUGCCGCGACAUACCCGAAGAAUUUUUGAAAUUCGACAGCGGAUGGGCUAUAGGCGCGAUGACAUUUUCCGCCAGUGGAAUUCUCGUAACUCUGUUCGUCGGCGGAGUAUUUCUGAAACACAAUGACACCCCAAUUGUCCGAGCUUCUGGACGAGAACUCUCCUACGUCCUUUUAACUGGGAUAUUAUUGUGCUACUUGGUAACAUUCACCCUCAUUCUAAAACCCACGGACAUUGUAUGCGGAAUUCAGAGGAUAUCCCGUAUCUUUAACAAAAGCAAGAAGAGCGCGAAAAGGCCAUCGUUUAUAUCCCCGCGAUCGCAGCUGAUAAUUUGCUCGCUUCUUGUCGGAGUGCAAAUUCUGAUAAACAUCGUAUGGAUGGCGAUUGAUCCUGCGCGAGCUAAGCAUCAUUAUCCUACCCGCGAAGAUAAUCUCCUUGUAUGCAACAGCCAUAUUGACGCCAGCUACAUGAUAGCCUUCACCUACCCGAUUAUUUUGAUUAUCGUUUGCACGGUCUAUGCGGUCUUGACUCGCAAGAUUCCCGAAGAUUUUAAUGAAAGCAAGCACAUUGGAUUCACAAUGUAUACAACAUGUGUUAUUUGGCUGGCAUUCGUACCACUGUUCUUCGGAACUGGCAAUCAUGUUGCGCUUAGAAUAACAUCAAUGUCCGUUACAAUAAGCCUCUCAGCAUCAGUAACAAUAGCUUGCUUAUUCAGUCCCAAGGUAUCGCCGAAGCAUUCGACAAUUGGUAGAACGAACGCUUCAAGUAUGAUCUCCACAGUAACGUUGACUGCUGUAACCUGUGAUCAGAAUAAAGCCGUCAAAGGGCACACCAACGUCACCACCAAUGACUCUUCGACCCAAAGUGAGAUGCACGAAAUAGAGCUGAAGGACUGCAAGAACGGGAGAGUCCUCACUUCCGGGGUGACUAGGUCAACCCAGACUUCUCUCAACAACAAUGAGACCGUCAAUGACGAUAAAUUAAAUGACCUCGGAAGCGCCAAUGCUAAAAUUGGAAACGGACCUGCUGUUAAGAAAGACGUGGCUUUAUAG